AUGUCCAAAUUGAUUGAACGAGCUGUGGCAUGGCUACUCCAAAACCGCAGAGGACAUGACGCCGGCCUCUUCCACAAAUCCGCCCCUUUCUCCAACCUCCCCGACCAAACCAUAGUUCUGGAAUGCAACCUGGGCCCCUCGGGGUCCAAAAUCCCACCCAAAUAUGGAUUCUUCCAGGAGGGCCUGUUUCCGACCCUCCAGUGGCCAGCACAAGAUGGGGUGGUGCAGUAUUUGCUUGUCAUCGAAGAUCCCGACGCACCCCUCGCUGACCCUGUCGUGCAUGGCCUGUACUAUGAGAUACCUGCAGGAAAAACCCGACUGACGAACGAGGACUUCGAAAUGAUCGGAGAUAAAGGCGCAUUUACACUUAGUGGAGGCUUCAAGUACGGCUUAAAUCGCCGCCAAACCGUUUACAUUGCUCCCCGAGGAUUGCUUGGACAUGGCCCCCAUCGCUACUUCUAUCAACUUGUUGCACUAGGGGAGGAAAUUGAUAGGAGUAAACUGAGUGCUUUGGCUUCCAAGGAGGAGAUCAUUCGGCAGAUUGAGGGAAAGGUUAUCUCUUGGGGUGUUUGGCAAGGGAUAUGGGAGCGGACAGAAUAA